GCCUGAAUUGAAGUUCAGCCUCUGCGUGCCAAGCUCCUCUAAGAACCCCCAGGUCGCUGUACUCCACCAAUUUCCCAGUGACGUUGCCCCUCGGGCCCAGAGACCUCUAUCCGAACCCUGAAAGUGACUUCGCGUUUCGACUUGGUUCCAGACUGAAGUUGAACAGAGUUGCCGCGCAGAACGCUUAAACUGGUUGUCUCCUUGCUUUGGCUUGUCAAGACUAGUAUACACAGUUCAACCAACCCUCGUCUUCUUCUUUGCCUACAAAUCGACAACCCCGCAACUCAACGCACUCCUGUUCAACUGGCCACAGAGACCCUUACCCAUCAACAUGUCGGCCACGCUCGUAAAUGUCGACGAUGGGGACGCCAUGGAGCCGACGCUGCAGUCGAUUCUCGACCAGCGGUCGCUGCGGUGGAUCUUUGUCGGCGGCAAGGGCGGCGUGGGCAAGACAACGACGUCGUGCUCGCUCGCCAUCCAGCUUGCCAAGGUUCGCCGCUCCGUGCUGCUCAUCUCGACCGAUCCGGCCCACAACCUGAGCGACGCCUUCAGCCAAAAGUUCGGCAAAGAGGCCCGUCUCGUCGACGGCUUCGACAACCUGAGCGCCAUGGAGAUCGAUCCUAAUGGGAGCAUCCAGGAUCUGCUGGCGGGUCAGGGCGAAGGGGAUGCCGGCAUGGGGGAUAUGGGCGGCAUGGGGGGAAUGAUGCAAGAUCUGGCAUUUGCGAUACCCGGCAUUGACGAAGCCAUGUCCUUCGCCGAGGUUCUCAAACAAGUCAAGUCGCUCUCCUACGAAACCAUCAUCUUCGACACGGCACCGACCGGCCACACGCUGCGCUUCCUGCAGUUCCCCUCGGUUCUCGAAAAGGCCCUCGCCAAGGUGUCGCAGCUCUCCAACCAGUACGGCCCGCUCCUCAAUGGCUUCCUCGGCAGCAACGGGACGCUGCCUAACGGGCAGAACCUGAACGAGAUGAUGGAGAAGCUCGAGACGCUGCGCGCCACCAUCUCCGAAGUCAACGCGCAGUUCAAGGACGAGCGGCUGACCACCUUUGUGUGCGUCUGCAUCCCCGAGUUCCUGUCGCUGUACGAGACGGAGCGCAUGAUUCAGGAGCUGGCCAGCUACGGCAUCGACACGCACAGCAUUGUCGUCAAUCAGCUGCUGUUCCCCAAGCCCGGGUCCGACUGCGAGCAGUGCACCGCUCGCCGCCGCAUGCAAAAGAAGUACCUCGAUCAGAUUGAGGAGCUGUACGAUGAGUUCAAUGUCGUCAAGAUGCCGCUGCUGGUUGAGGAGGUCAGGGGGAAGGAGAGGCUGGAGAAGUUCAGCGAGAUGUUGGUCAAGCCUUUUGUCCCACCUUCGUAGGAACGGUUGUGAAAGGGGUGGCGUAGAGAAGGGAUAAGGGAUGGUACUGAAGCGAGUUGCAAUAUGGGCGUUUACCUGACCGAGGCGGAUUCAAGCGACACACGGCAGGCUGUAGAUACCCUCCUGCGUCGGCGCUAGUUAUAGAUGAGACCUUUCGUACGUUACAACGGCACGUUCAUGCAUUUUAGAGGAGUAGGGGCGGUAAGGCGCUAGACAUGGGAUCACAGAAACAGAGACAGACAGAGACAGAGACGUUGAUAUCAACAGCAGGUUCAGGACUCGGGUUGAUGGGGUUCAAUUCCCGCCUCCGCCACCAGCCGGCGGAACUGAUAUGCCAUACUUAUACACAGAAAUAGAAGCCAC